UUAUCACAGCCUUUAUCGUCGGAUUCGUUUUAGACUUAAUUAAUUUAAUGAUAUUGGAUAGAAUAUUUGCGGAUAAAGGAUGGAAAACUGUGAAACAGGAUAAAAGUCAAGAAGAAAAUUUGACAGACUCGGAAGAUACACGAAGUGAUCAUGAUAGUCAGAAUGAGACAAACAAAGAAAUGAUAAAUUACGAUGAAGAUGAAGGAAUAAUUACAUUAAGUGAAGAAGAAUUUGAAGAAAUUAAUCGAGCUAUUACGAUCGCGAAGGCUUAA